AACCCAAUGUCUCUGUUGCCGAGUGAUAGAAGAAGAAGCGCUGGGCUCCAGGACCUUCUUGUUGUUUUGCUCGAAAAUCUUCAAAGUUUUCCAUAAAUCUUUCGUUAUUUCACUAUGACUGAUGCGGCGUCGUUGGGAGACGCCCUUGGGAAAGCAUCGCAGGACCUGGAUGACCUUUUAUUAAGGGCGCGGCAGAGAUUUCAAGAAAAUGAGGGCCAGUUUGCAAGUGAAGGCAUUGGCAUCUUGUGUGGUGGACUAGAAAUCUACGGAGCACUGUUUAAGCAGAGUGGUUAUGAAGAUCGAGAGUCCUUGGAGAACGCUAUUGGUCAGCAGUGUUUAGAAGUCACAAAAGCAGCUGAAAAACUUUUGGAUGUAGAGGAGGAACUUUCUGCAGCUGGCUGUCAGGUAGUUGUUGUAACUUUUGGAGAUGUUGUCGGUGCCGAAAGAUGGUUGUUAGAGACUAACUGUCCUUUCCCUUACUUCACUAAUCCAUCUCGUGCUUUAUACAAGGCUCUGGGUCUCAGAAGAUCAAUUGAUCUUGUUUGGAAUGCAGCCUCCUUAAGCUACUACGGGGGAAAACUGGCAAAGAACGAGCCUCUUCCCCAGGCGUAUGCUGAUAUAAAAGAUGAUCCUCAUCAGAUGGGUGGAGAUUUCAUCUUGGAUAAAGAGGGCAGGUUGCUUUUUGCUUACAGAAGUAAAACGCCAAGUGACAGGCCAUCUGUUGACUUAAUUAUCAAAGCUCUUAUUGGCACUAAGGUUAAUAAUUGAUGGGGAAGGAAGUUUAGUAUUGAAUAUUGUAAAGCCAUUAUUCACGGACUUAAGAACAACAUUAAAUAUUUAGAAGCCUUUACUUUUGGGCAUUGGAGACAUUGCUAAACAUUUGCUAGUCAAAAUUUAAUAAUGUUCACUGCAGCUAGACAGUUAUUAAGAUUGUAAGAAAGAAUCAAUUUGUAUAUGGACAGUUAAAACUAAUGUACUGGAUUUUAUACCUGAAUAUAACAAUAUAAACAUGAAGGUAUAUAUGUAAACUUACAUAGGUGAUAUAUGCUGGAACACUUCUUUGUUAAAUUUGGGUAUAUAAAUUGUAAGCAUUGGUUGUUUCUGGGAUUAACUUUCAUAUAUACUGUUGCAAAGUAGUUUCUAAGGAAGCUGUGAUAUAUGUAUUCUGAUAUUCAUUAACAUUCCUUUCUAGUAUACUUUCUUACCAGGGUUUGUAUAUACUUGGGAAAUAAAUAGUUUUUAAAUA